AUGUCGAAAUUCAACAUCUUCAGAAGGAGUACGACCACCCUGACCUCUCCUGAGGAUCUGGAUGAACUCGCUCGGCUCGAUAUUGACGAGGCACUCUUUCCCCACGGCCGAGCGGACGAGUUUUCCCCUGCAGCAUUCAAGAAUCUUCAGCAAAACGCCGAGGGAACGAUACGCCGCUUACAACUGGCCUACCGGGAACAGCGUCAGUCGCUACGUGCCGUCAACUCGACGAAAAAUGUCCAGGCAGACGAGUUGGAGGCCGCGGAGACGAGAAACGAGCACCUGAAACUCCAACUGCAAGAAAUGGCUAAGCGAGCGGCAGACCAGGAGAAACUGGUUGCAGAGAUGAGGGCGCAGUUGCAGGUACAACGGUCAUCUCACGAGUCCCACCAGCAAAGCAUCAGGAUGGUUGCUCAGGAUCAAGCCGCUCACCCUCGUCCCAAGUACCGCCGCUAUCGCUCGUCCGACGCCUCCAUGUCAGGAGAAUCUGAGGCUGGCUCAGAAGUGAGUUCAGUGGUCAGCGUCUUCUCAGAGCAGUUGUCGAUAGCACCAUCGCAUGCAACGUCACUGGAAUCUUCUGAUACCGCUGCGAGAGUGGAUUGCCCGACAUGUCACGGCAUGAGACCGUCGGACGCCUGGGAUGUGGUCGGAGUGAUGAAGAUAGAGUCAGCGGCCUUGAAGCAACGGAUCGCUGUACUGGAAAGCGCACAGGACGACGCUAUGGAUCUCAUCAACGGGCUGAAGUUAUCGUUAUGA